GCAAAUCAACAUUGUGUAUUGGUUAUGGCAACUCAAACCAACAAACAGCGUUUCUCGGGUGGACUUGCAAAGGCCCUUGAAGAGCAAUGGCUAGUUGACGUACGGCUCAAGGCAGGGGACAGUGAUGAGGGUUCAGCUAUCUCUGCGCACAAACUGAUUUUGGGAUCAAGAUCAGAGGUUUUUAAGAAGAUACUGGAAUCAGAUGAAAUUAAGACUUCAGCUAACAAGGUGGAGACAGUGACUCUCUCAGAGAUGAAACAAGAGGAGUUAGAAGCAUUAGUUGAGUUUAUGUACAGUGAUGGCUCUAUGAUGUCUGCGAAAGGGAAGCAACACGUUCGAUCACUUUAUAUUGUGGCUGACAAAUACGAGAUUCUGCAUCUACGGGACCUAUGCAGACACGAGCUUCUCUCUUCUCUUAAUACGUCGAAUGCUCUUGCGUUCCUUGAGCUCGCCCAGAUCCCUUUUGACGAAGUUCUCGACGACGCAGCCUUCAACUAUAUCAAAGCUAAUAUAAGUACGAUUGCUAGUUCUAACGAAUUCAAGUUGUUCGUCGCCGAUAACCCACAUCUUUCCGUGGAGAUAAUGAAGGCUUCUCUUUCUCCGACAACUAGUAACAACGAAUACUGUAUUAGUUGUGGUUGCAAUAAUUGCCAUCGGAAAAGAAUGUGGGGACAUUAUUAA